CACAAAUCGCUUCCAACCUUACACCAAAAGAAUUGUCUCUCUCUAUCUCCAUCGUGCAUGGAAUAAACCCAUACCCUCGAGCUAUGGCGUCUCAAAAACACGUCGCGGAGGUGCCGCGCAACCUACUCCCUCGCUUGACCUGGAACAGCUCCUCUUCUCGUCCAUCCGUCACUCCCUCACAUUGUCCCGCUCUCACAAAAAGAACGACAACCUAUAACUACUCCCAGGGAUGGAGUCCUCUAAAUCGCCAAAUCCACUCACUCACUGCUCGUCACCAGUCCUCCCGAGCCUUUUCUACCGCUAUCCGUGACUCCCACUUCGUUUCUCCUGUUUCCCGCCGACCGUCUACUUCACCUGCCUCACGCCCGGCCGGGGAACAACCUCUCACCAGUCCGGUCCGUCACAAUGGCGUUUACGUCGCUGCGUUCAAGCCCGCUCAGCGCGCUUUCCAUGCGACACCCUCUCGACCUCGUGAUCACCAUUUUGACACCCUCCGCUUCGUUAAGAGGCUUCAGGCCGAGGGGUUCAGUGAGGAACAGGCCGUGGCUAUGAUGCGUGUGUUGAACGAUAUCAUCCAAGAGUCUAUUCAAAACUUGACGCGGACGAUGGUCCUCCGCGAAGAUUCGGAGCGAUCAACAUACACCCAAAAAGUCGACUUCGCCAAGCUACGCUCCGAACUCCUAAACGCCGAUUCCACCGAAGCACAACUGACCCGCUCAUCACACGAGAAGAUCGCAGCGGAUCUCGCAAAGCUUAACUCGCGGCUGCGCGACGAGAUCGGCCGCACACAAGCCUCCGUCCGAUUAGAUCUGAAUCUGGAGAAGGGCCGGAUCCGCGAGGAGGCCAAUGGCCAAGAGAUGCGGAUUAAGGAAACGGAAACGCGCAUUGAGCAGGAGGUUGCUGGUCUACGGGAGCGUGUCGAGGCUGUCAAGUUCUCGACCCUGCAGUGGCUGAUGGGUGUCUGUACCGGUACUGCUGCUCUGAUUCUUGGUGCUUGGCGCCUGUUUAUGUGAUUUGCUUUUGUAUAGACUUGUGUGCAUGGCUACGGAGCGUUUCUUUUCUUGGUUGUUUUAUACAUGAGACUUGGUGUCUCCUCGACUUUUUUCUUUCUUUUGCAUCAAUACUUUGCUUUCACUCUCUGCUCUGGCUUGUGACCGAGUUAGUUAGAUAGCGAUGAACCGUGUUCCUCUUCAUUGGAUGUUGUCUAUUGUAGAGCCUAUCGUUCCUUGGCUAGGGGCUACAUACUAUAUGAGUCAAUCCAACAAAACACUAGC